AUGAUGAUAUUUAGGUUGAAGGGUAAAGUGGCACUCAUCACCGGCGCCGCCAGUGGCAUCGGCGAGGCCGCCGCAAGAUUAUUUGUUGAACAUGGCGCCUCCGUGGUUGUGGCUGACAUUCAAGAUGAAUUAGCCCAUCAAUUGCUGGAUUCAAUCAACUCGGAGAAGGUGAGUUAUCAUCACUGCGAUGUAAGAGAUGAGAAACGUGUUAGUUACACGGUGGACAAGUACGGGAGUCUGGAUAUCAUGUUCAGCAACGCUGGAAUAAUCGGGCCUCUGACAAGCAUAUUGGAUCUUGACAUGGAUGGAUUGAACGAGGUUAUGGCCACAAACGUACGUGGCGUGGCCGCCACUAUAAAGCACGCCGCCCGGGUUAUGGUGGAUAGGAAGAUAAAGGGGUCCAUCAUUUGCACGGCAAGCGUGGCGGCGUGCAUCGGGGGAGCGGGGCCACACGCAUAUUCGGCUUCGAAACACGCAGUGGUGGGGCUGGUAAAGUCGGCAUGCGGGGAGCUGGGGAUGCAUGGGAUAAGAGUGAACUGCAUUUCACCGUACGGGGUGGCGACGCCGCUAGCGUGCAAAGCGUAUGGGCGGAAGCCGAGUGAAAUAGAAGCCAACAGCAGUGCAGUGGGGAACUUGAAGGGAGUGGUAUUGACGACAAAACAGGUAGCUGAGGCGGCAUUGUUUUUGGCUUCGGAGGAGUCGAGUUAUGUUAGCGGACAGAACUUGGCGGUGGACGGAGGGGUUACGGUGGUUAGCAACCGUUAUGCGUCCUACUGAACUCAACUCACUCAUCAUCGAUGAUGAUGAUGAUGCAUUGCCGCCGGUGCUAUUCUGAUUUCAGUUGUUCUUUUCAUCUAUUUUUGUGAGGGUGUGGGUGUGGGUGUGGGUGUGGGUGUGGGUGUGGGUGUGUGUUUUUCUUUAAUCAAUAAUAAAAUAAAUAAAUAUUGAAGGAGAAGAGUGGAAUUUGAAUGAAUGGGGGAUUGGGCAUGUGAGUUUCCUAGUAAUACGCGAUGCAUGUACGUUUGCGAUUUUAAAUUUGAUGUGCAAAAUUCAUUCCAAUAUGAAUGUCAACUCUUUUUGGUGCA